GAGCAGGCCUAGUAUACCCAAAUCUGCCCUUACAGGGUCUACUCUUGCUCUCCAUUUUACAGAAGAAACUGAGGCCCAGAAAGGGGCAGGUGACUUGUCCAGGGUCCAGCCUUGAUCCAUGAUGCGGAUGAGAGAGACAAGUUACAAGGAAAAACAAGCCUGAAACCGCAGCUCCUGUCGUCCUUCUGGCUGCCUCUCGGAGCCCACCCAGCCCAGCCUGACCAAUGUCCACAGCCAGGGAGCAGCCCAUCUUCAGCACAAGGGCGCACGUGUUUCAGAUUGACCCGACCACCAAGCGGAACUGGAUCCCAGCGGGCAAGCACGCGCUCACUGUCUCCUACUUCUAUGAUGCCACCCGCAAUGUCUACCGAAUCAUCAGCAUUGGGGGUGCCAAGGCCAUCAUCAAUAGCACUGUCACCCCCAACAUGACGUUUACCAAAACCUCCCAGAAGUUUGGACAGUGGGCAGACAGUCGCGCCAACACUGUCUAUGGCCUUGGCUUUGCUUCUGAGCAGCAUCUGACCCAGUUUGCUGAGAAGUUCCAGGAAGUAAAGGAAGCAGCGAGGCUGGCAAGGGAGAAAUCUCAGGAUGGGGGGGAGCUCACCAGUCCAGCCCUGGGACUCACUUCCCACCAGGUGCCCCCGAGUCCUCUCGUCAGCGCCAACGGCCCCGGUGACGAGAAACUGUUCCGUAGCCAGAGCGCGGACGUCCCCGGCCCCGCAGAGCGCGAGCGGCUCAAGAAGAUGCUCUCCGAGGGCUCCGUGAGCGAGGUGCAGUGGGAGGCCGAGUUCUUCGCGCUGCAGGACAGCAACAACAAGUUGGCGGGCGCCCUGCGAGAAGCCAACGCCGCCGCCGCCCAGUGGCGGCAGCAGCUGGAGGCCCAGCGUGCAGAGGCUGAAAGGCUGCGGCAGCGGGUAGCAGAGCUGGAGGCCCAGGCAGCCACCGAGCCACCCUCAGUGAGUGAGAAGGAAGGGCCAGGCCAGUCAUUGGAGCAGCUGGAGGCACUAGUGCAGACCAAGGACCAGGAGAUCCAGACACUGAAGAGCCAGACCGGUGGGCCCCGGGAGGCCCCGGACACCACUGAGCGCGAGGAGACGCAGCAGAAGGUGCAGGACCUGGAGACCCGCAACGCCGAGCUGGAGCAUCAGCUGCGGGCGACGGAGCGCAGCCUGGAGGAGGCGCGGGCCGAGCGGGAGCGGGCGCGGGCUGAGGUGGGCCGGGCCGCACAGCUGCUGGACGUCAGGCUGUUUGAGCUGAGCGAGCUGCGAGAGGGCCUUGCCCGGCUGGCAGAGGGCACGCCCUAACCUGGCCACAGGGUCUGCGUGGGAGCGGGGCCUGUAGGGGCUGGUUUUAUACCAUGAUUCCCGCCCGGGGCACGAGCCGGGCUGCAGGCGGCACAGUGGGCCGUUCACCCUGGCAGGGACUGGGAGCCCAGCUCAGCCCGGGGAGGGCCUGGCCAUAAUGCCCCAGCUGGCCCUGGCCGCUCACAGCUCAGGGGCUAUUUGGGGGGCUUUUCAUUGUGUAGAAUUUCUAGAAUCCCCAGGGCACGUGCUGGUGCCCACAUUACAUUUCUAAGAGUGGC